AUGGAAGAUUUACAAGUUGCUCGCAGCGACGAUGCGAAGAAAAGCCCGGAAUUUGAUUAUGACCAAUGUGUCGCCGCGAUGGAUGGAAAGAAAUCCCCGGAAAAUCCAGAAUCUUUCUGGCACCGUCGUGCGACAAUUCGCGGACUUCGUACCUCUCUCGAAUUCGCAAUGAGCACAGCUCCAUGGCUCAAUGAGCACAGCAGCCAUGGAGCUGUGCUCUGA